GAUGAACCAAAACGGCUGUGCUUACUUUACUGCUAUUCCGUUGCGAUUCUCGGAUGGGUAGAGAUUGUGCAAAUGGCGCCUGAUUUAUGGCGAUCUGGACGGUACCGUGCUUGCUCUAAUUGCCAGGUGCCUAGCGGCGCAGCCCCAAGCUCUCAGCCACAGAUUCAUUUCGAGGAUCGUGCCUUCGAAACGGGCAGACACGCUUUAGUUUGUGUUUAGCUUUUGCAAGGACCAAUUUUAUUGUACUUCGAAUUGCUUUGAAUUUCCAUAUUAUUGGUAUAUGUGUGAAAUUGUGCGAGUCUUCAGUACUGUAAAGCAGAUCAUAGUUCUGCAUCACAAUCACCAACUUUCUCGUCCCCGUGUCGCUCCUCCCCAGGGCGACACGGGCGAACCCCAAACCCUAGCCACCGGGUCCGCCUCCCCUCACCUCCCUGCCUCGCUGCCGCUGGAGCGGCCACCGGUAAAGCCGGCCAGCUGCCAUGACGGCGGCAGCGGGGCUUCCCCUGGCCCAGGCAGCUCCGGUUGGGGGACCAGGGCAGCAGAAGGGUGGGGUGGAGCGCGCAGCGGCGGCGGCGGCGGCAGGCCAGGGCGCGCGGCGACGUCGGCUGGCCGAGGCGCGUGACGGCGUGGCAGGCCAGCUCACGCGCGGAGGCUGCGGCAGCAGAUCUGCGCGAGUGUGCGUGGCGGCGGCGUGGCGGGCCAGUGCGCGCGCUGGUGGUCGACGGCUGACCAGCGCGGAGGCUGCGGAGCCCGCGCUUGCUGGCGGCUGCUUUCAAGUCGGCAGCAGCAGCCGGAGGCCCGGCAGUCGGAGGAGCGCGAGGGUGAGACUCAGAUCUGCUGGCGGCCACGCUGGCAACGGCGGGCCUGAGGGCAGGCAACGGGGAAGGAGGAGGAGGAGCCGACGGCCGGUGCCCACGCCGGCGGUGGAGGGCCUGAGGGCAAGCAAUGACGACGGCGGGGAAGGAGGAGGAGCCAUUGGGGGCAGCUGACGACGCCGGAGUCUUGUGGCCUCCGCGACACGGCGCGCCGGAGCCUGAGCGGCAAUGUCUCCGGCAUCCAGAUGGUUGUGCGAAGGGAGCUGGCGGCGGUGGGUCGUCUUCAUCGUUGCCGGUACAACAUCCAUUGCGCAGAAAGUACUCACCAUUACUUGAAAGUUCUCUAUUACCUGGUGGAAAUGGUUUGACUACACAUGAUUGGAUGGCUGUUCCAGACAUUUGGAGGACAGCAGCAGAAAAAUAUGCUGACCGUGUAGCUUUGGUAGAUCCUUACCAUGAACCUCCUUCAGAAUUGACUUAUAAGCAGCUUGAACAAGAAAUAUUGGAUUUUUCUCAAGGUCUAAGGGUUAUUGGAGUUGCUCCAGAUGAAAAGGUAGCCCUUUUUGCUGACAACUCAUGCCGAUGGCUAGUUGCAGACCAAGGAAUCAUGGCUACUGGUGCUAUCAAUGUUGUUAGAGGAACAAGGUCUUCUGAUGAAGAAUUAUUUCAAAUAUACACUCAUUCAGAAAGCAUUGCACUUGUUGUGGACAGUCCUCAAUUCUUUAACCGGCUUGCAGAAUCUUUUAUUUCGAGGAUUAACGCAGGAUUUGUUGUGCUACUUUGGGGUGAGAAAUCAUGCCUAAACAGUGAAGCUGUGAAUGGAAUACCACUUUAUGACUUCAAGGAUAUCACUCAACUUGGACACGAAAGCCGUAAUACAUUGCGUCAGUCUCGUGAACAAGAUCAGCAAGUUGUCUUUGAAACUAUUACCCCAGAUGAUGUUGCCACACUAAUAUAUACCAGUGGAACAAGUGGAGCACCAAAAGGAGUGAUGCUUACUCACCGAAAUCUCUUGCAUCAGAUAAAAAAUUUGUGGGAUUUCGUGCCAGCAGUACCUGGUGAUAGGUUCCUAAGCAUGCUUCCACCAUGGCAUGCGUAUGAACGUGCUAGCGAGUACUUCAUCUUCACUUACGGAAUUCAACAAGUUUACACAACUGUGAAGUACCUCAAGGAAGAUUUGCAACAGUACCAACCUCAAUACAUUGUAUCAGUACCACUGGUUUAUGAGACUCUCUACAGCUCAAUACAGAGACAGAUAAAUUCCAGUUCAACUGCUCGAAAAGUCAUCGCUCUUGCACUUAUUAAGAUAAGUUUGCUGUAUAUGGAGGCAAAGAGGAUAUAUGAGGGAACAGUCCUGUCAAACAAUCCCGUCAAACAAUCAUUUAUUGUUUAUAUGGUCAAUUGGCUAUCGGCAAGCAUUGUUGCUGGACUUCUGUGGCCUUUGCAUAAUCUGGCAAAUAAGUUAGUCUACAAGAAAAUCCAUUCUGCAAUUGGGAUUUCAAAGGCUGGCAUUAGUGGUGGUGGAAGUCUUCCAAUGCAUGUGGACAGAUUUUUCGAGGCCAUUGGAGUCAAAGUGCAAAAUGGCUAUGGCCUAACAGAGACCUCCCCUGUUGUAGCUGCUAGACGGCCAUUCUGUAAUGUUCUUGGCACGGUUGGCCACCCAGUAAAGCACACUGAAAUCAAGAUUGUGGACAUAGAGACUGGUGAGGUUAUCCCAGAUGGUUCAAAGGGGGUUGUGAAAGUCAGAGGACCUCAAGUGAUGAAGGGAUAUUACAAGAAUCCAUCAGCUACAAACAAAGUUUUGGAUCAAGAAGGUUGGUUCGACACAGGGGAUAUAGGUUGGAUUGCACCUCACUGUCCAACAGGGUCAAGUCGGAAGUGUGGAGGGAUGCUUGUUCUUGAAGGGCGUGCAAAAGAUACAAUAGUUCUUACAACAGGUGAAAAUGUUGAACCUGCUGAGAUUGAGGAAGCAGCCAUCAGGAGUGACUUGAUUAAUCAGAUAGUUGUUGUUGGCCAGGACAAGCGGCGACUUGGUGCUAUUAUUGUUCCCAACUAUGAUGAAGCUCUAGCUACAGCUAAAAGAAAGUCCAUACUUGAUGGGACUAACGAACUAGCCAAAGACAAGGUUUUGAACUUGCUGUAUGAUGAGCUGAGAACUUGGACUUCCGGUUGCUCCUUCCAAAUUGGCCCGAUUCUAAUUGUCGACGAACCAUUUACGGUGGAUAAUGGUUUACUAACACCAACUUUGAAGAUAAGGAGGGACAAAGUGACAGCCAAAUACAAUAAAGAGAUCGAUGGGUUGUACAAGUGAUGUGGAUUGUGGAGUGAGCAUGAGUACAUACAGUAGGUUGCAUUUUCCUUUGUCUCUUGGAGACAUCUCUUGUUCAGACAGUAGUAGCUAGUUGAGGACUUGAGGAUACAAUAAUGCAACCAAUUUUUGGAGUGAGAUGGAAUAAGGCUGCCGAUUCGGUAUUUAGGCAUUAUUUCUCCUUCGUAACGAUGUGAUCUCACCACGAUGAUUGCAUGGGGACGAUUGAUGGGUGGACGAUGCACUGUGGUACCGUGACUGUAUUUCAUGGAAUCGACAUUACUACGAGUUGUGAUAAUUUAGCCUUAAGCCUUACGCAGAGAACACAAGUUCGAGAAAA